CUUCAACUUCACCUUUCCAGCCUUCGUUGAUCCGACGACAACCCGACGUUUUUCGGAUCGUCAAUUGGCUGCCUCCACCACGUUGCCGCGCCAUGGCCUUUCGACCAGUUCUCCGGCAGCGCGCCCUGGCGCCCGCAACUGCCGGUCUCUUUGCAGCCGGGUUCCUCCUCUUCCCCACGAGGACUGCCUAUGCUGAGGCUCCCGAGAGCGAGUCUAGCAAGAAGCCCAUCUACGACAAUGACCUCUCUUCUCUCCCAUCAUCAUCUCCAUCCACCAGCGAGUCCAUAUCCUCGGUCGCAUCUUCUCUCGUGAACUCUCUUGUGUCAUCCUCGCGAGACGAGUCUUCGAACCUGCCAACGCCUACGGACCGAUUAGCCGCACAGAUCGGCAAAGGGCGAUUGUUUCUGCACGACCAGGUAUCCGCCGCCGAGGAUAAGUUCAAUGGCUUCAUGUCUUCUCUCCUGAACCUCGAAUCGGACUUUACUUCGACCGUGGCGUCGUUGGCCCCCGCCAAGGAGACGGGCGAGCGUCUGAUGCCCGGCGCCAUGUACGUGCUGGUAGCGUCCAUGGCUGGAUCGAUUAUUUCGCGAAACAGGGGCAUCCUGCUGCGCGCCACUGUCCCUCUGGCAGUCGGUAUCGGCGCCGGCUGGCUCGUGCUUCCCGUGACCAUGCGCAAUGUGAGCGACCUGGCGUGGCGGUAUGAGGAGAGGUUCCCCGUCAUUCGCGAUAACCAUCUCCGUAUCCGUGGCGCCGCUGAGCAGGGCUGGUACAUGACCAAGGUUCACAGCGACAUUGCUGUCAGCAAGGUCGACGAGAAGGUUGCUGGUGUGCGGGAAACGAUUGAGAAUUGGGUCAAGCAGGGCAAAUAAAGUUAUAAACCAUGGAAUCAAUUUUUGUAGACUACAGCGUUGAUUCGUUUUGAGAUUCUGGUCGGAGGGUAGAUUAUAAGACAACAUCUACAUAUUUUUAUCAAAAGAACAGCAAUUGCUUCAUCACAUGUUCUAGCUUGCAUGAAACCUAUUGAACAAAGUACCUAAGGU